CUGAGGUGGCCGGUGGGAAUAGCGGCGGCGGAGCAGCGGCGGCGGCGGGAGAUAAGUGGCUGGUUGGAGAAGAAGUUAUGGAGUUUAGGGUUUCUAAUAUUGAUGAUAGUUAAAAAAGUAUAAACAUAUCCUUUAGUUUUUAUUUUAAAAUUAAUUUGAUUUUUAAAGUAUCAAUAUGUAGUGGUUAUAAAAAUAUAUUAAGUGUCAAUUUUGUGAAUGAAAUAAAUGCUAAGAACUAUUUUAAGCUUUUAACCAUCUAAAACCACCUAAAACCAUCUAAAACCGGAGAGUGCGUUCACUCUCUAAUGUGAGAGUGGGGAAGGGGGCAUUUGAUACGUUUUUGCAUAGUUGUGGGGUGAUUUGAUCCACUUUUACGAGGUUGGACGUAUUUGAUCUUUCGUGCCAACUUCAGGGGGGGUUUUUGAACCUUCACUCAAAUUUUAAAUAUCACUCUUUAUUUUUAAAAUACUCUUUAUUUUACAAAAGAUGCUCUUUAUUUUAAAGAAUACCAUUGGAGAUGCUUAAGUUCAAUACAUGCCAGUUGUUUAAAAUUUAAAAUUGAAACAUUCCAUGUGCACUAGACUAAUUUUUUUUUUUUUUAUGAAUACUAAAAAUAAUAGUAUUUACAAUCCAAGCAAUAAAGAGUUGACUCAGCCUUUUAAAAUAUGCCCAGAUUUGAUAGUUUUUAGCUCAAUUCAUAAUCUCUAUCUCUGUCUGAACCAGAAAAAUGGAGAUUUUAAUUCUUUUAUCAACUUUACUGUUGCUAUUCAGCUCUUUGUCGUGUUCCGACACUAACGAGAUUCUUGGAGAAUCUUCAGACGAUAUUAAAGCUAACCUGACGAAUGAUUACAAAAUCAAUUUCAAGAAUCUAAUGGAUUCACUAGCAACAAAUGCCCCUUCCAACAAUGGAUUCUACAAAGCCGAAUUCGGAAAAGAUUCCGACAAAAUUUACGGUCUUACACAAUGUAGAGCCGAUCUUUCUUCAGCAAACUGCGCGGCUUGCAUCAAGAACGCUACCGUAGACCGCGGCUACUAUACAGAUAGGAAGAGCGUAUCGAAAUGGUACAAAUGGUGCCAUCUUCGAUACUCAAACGAAAGAUUUUUCGGGAAAUAUGUUCCAUCUGCACAGGUGAUAGCCAACCGCACAAAUCUCGAAGAUUAUCGCUCACAUUCUAGUCCUCUGAAAUUUAUGAAUGAUCUUGUUUCGACAGCUCCGGAGCAGCCAUUUAUGUUUCAGACUCAGGUUUUGGAUGUCGGAAAAUACGGAAAGAGGUACGGACUGGCUCAGUGCACUCGAGAUUUAAGCAGAAAAGACUGUGGAAAAUGCUUUGAUAAUAAGUUGGAGUUGGUGAGUUCUGUAGAAGCGAUUGAUAAUCUUAAAGAAUGGCAGGCUUUUGGAUAUGGUUGUAUUGUGUGGUAUGGUGAUUCUCAAUUCUAUUUCAACUACACAAUGUUGCCUACGCAUAACGGCGGCGCAGCUGUCAACUUGUCACAUGAACGGUUUUCAAUCGGCAUGAUUGUUUCGGUGCUAAUGUUCGUGUUAGUUUUCUAGUCGUUUGAUGCGGGUGUGGAUGCGAAUUCAGAAUUUUUGAAAAUAACAGAGUUUGCGGAUCUGGUAUUAUGAAAAAAAUGAAUCGAAAAUUUGGAUAGUGACAUUUCUAUAAUUCUGCUAUUUUUGAAGUGUGCGAAUCAGGUGAUUUUUGUACUUAAUUUUAGUAUUUUACUUAUUUAAGUUAACAUAGAAUGCUCUUUUUUGUUCCUUUUCAAACUUAUGAAUUCUUUGAAUCAACGAAUCAUUUAACGUCUAA